CCGUCCGCGAGGUGAGGCCGCGCCGCGCUGGGGACCGGCCGGCCAGCGACCCGGGGGCCUUGGAGCGGCCGCGGAUGGCAGGGCGCCUCGGCCCCUGAGGACACCUGUCCACCAGCCCUGGCUGAGUCGCAGCGACCCGCGGCGGACCCCGCUGAGGACGGGCAGGAGAGCGGCGACAUGAAGAAGAAGAAGACGGAGCAGCCGCCGGCGCGCCUCGCGGCCCUGGGCAGCCCCCACCGCCCCGUUGGUUUGCACAACGUGGGACAGACCUGUUGCCUUAACUCCCUGAUCCAGGUAUUGAUCAGGAACGAGGGCUUCACCCAGAUCCUGAAGAGGUUGACAGUGCCCGUGGGAGUGGAAGAGCAGUGGAGGAACCUGCCCUUUCAGCUGCUCUUGCUGCUGGAGAAGAUGCAGGACAGCCGGCAGAAAGCGGUGCGGCCCAUGGAGCUUGUGUGCUGCCUCCGGAAGCACAAGGUGCCAGUGUUCGUCCAGCAUGAUGCUGCUCAACUGUACCUCACAGUCUGGAACCUAAUUAAGGACCAGAUCACGGAUGCGGACCUGGCAGAGAGGCUGCAGGCCCUGUACACGAUCCGGACCCAGGAGACCUUCGUGUGCCUUGAGUGUGGCGCGGAGAGCAGGAGGAACAGCAGCAUGCUCGCCCUCCCGCUUUCUCUUUUCGAUUCGGACUCAAAUCCCCUGAGGACGCUGGAGGAAGCCCUUCGCUGCUUCUUCCAGCCCAGGUUGCUGCCCGGUGAGAGCAGCUGCUUCUGUGAGCGUUGUGGGAAGAGGACGGGCGGGAAACAGGCCUUGAAGCUGACGCAUCUGCCCCAGACUUUGACAGUCCACCUCAUGCGGUUCUCCAUCAGGAAUUCACGGACACAGAAACUCUGCAGCUCCCUGCACUUCCCCGAGAGCUUGGAUCUGCGGCAGGUCCUUCUGACCGAGGAAGCCCUCUGCAGUGCCGAGGCCCAGCUUGGGGGGCAGUAUGAGCUCUUUGCUGUGAUUGCCCAUGUCGGGCUGGCUGACUUCGGCCAUUACUGUGCCUACAUCCGGAGCUCUGUGGAUGGAAGGUGGUUCUGCUUCAACGACUCCAGUGUUUGCUGGGUGUCCUGGGAAGACAUCCGGUGUACCUACGGACAUCCCAGCUACCGCUGGAGGGAAACUGCCUAUCUUCUGGUUUAUAUGAAGACUGAGUCUUAGUGGAUGUAUCCCAAACCUUCAGAGACUGAGAAAGUAUCAUUUUCCUUUUCUGUUCUUGAAUCUACUCUUUUAAGAGAUUUUGGAAUGAGGAGAAGCACUAUUUUCAAGUUGUAUAAUUAAACUUUAUUUAAAAUCAGGGGUCAUUUUAAAAAUAUUUAACCAUCACGUGGAGGAGUUGAUCAGUC